UGAGACCCGAUAUGCUUGACUACCUGUGGUCUUUCUUGGUAUCGGUACACAAUGUUUACAUUAUUUUUCGAUACUGGGCCCAAGUUUAUGUGGUUUCUUCUAGAAAUUGUAGGCCAUCAAGCAAUGUUCCUUAUAUAAAAAUUAACAGUGUUUCGCCAUCAGGAUGGGCUGUGUUGAAGCAAAGCAAUUCAAACAUACAGUUAAACCUGCAAAUGUAGUAGUAGCAGACACAAAUGAGCGAAGUCAAGCAAGUGCCAGGAGAAAAAAGAAGGUGGAGGAACAGCACAAACGCAGCCAAUCAGCAGCCAAGUCAAUAUCCAAUGUUGCACUUCAGAAUUCUGAAAAGUUGUCUACUGCCACCAAUAGAUCAAGAAAAAGCUUCAUGUCAGACCUUCUGGUUUUGAAUGAAGCAAGUAAGUGUUUUGCAUUGAAUUAUCAGCAAAAUGUAGAUUCAUCAAAAACUAACGAAACUGAGAAACCCAGUACCUCACAAACUCUACUGCCAACCAGUAAUAACAGCAGUCCUGAAGACAAUUCUACCUGGGAUGAAAUGACAAACCAAACACCAGACAAGCAGAAGGAGCAAAAUUCUAAAAUGUCACGAACAAAAACUGUUGCUUUUGAGGAGCCAUUAAAAAAUAAAAAGAACGAUUCUUCUAUGAUUAGCAAAAACAUGCGAGAUGAAAAUGAAAAUGAUGAGGAAACAAACUUAGCCACUGGCAGUACAAAUUCUACAGCCUCUUUGCAGAAGGUGCAAUGUAUUUCUAAUGGUGACUCAACAUAAAACUUGAAGAAUUAUGGUGGUUUGUGAGAGUGCCACUACAUUUAGUGUGAAAUGCUGAUUAAUUGGAGAGCAAAUAAUGACUGUUAAAAUGGUGUAGAGUUACUGUCUGUUGAACUGGUAAACAGUUAAUGAAUGCUGAACUUGUAGUUUGUUCUGGUGAACAAUUAAUGACCACUGAACUAAAAACAACAAGUGUAUGGAUGUUGAACUGGUGAACAGUUCCAGAAUGUUAGACUUUAGGUUGUACUGGUGAGCAAUUAAUGACCAUUAGUUAAUUGAUGAACAGUUGAUGAAGUUGAUUUGGUGAACAGUUGAUGAAUGCUAGACUUCAGGUUUAACUGGAGAGGGAAAAUGGCUAUUGAACUGGCAAACAAGUUGGGAUGUUGAACUGAUGAACUAUUGGUUGUUCAGUCAACACUUAAUGAAUGUUGAUCUGGUGAACAGUUAAGGAAACUGGUGAGCAAUUAAUAACCAUUGAACUGGUGAACAAAUUUGUGGAUGGUUUAGUGAACAAUUGAAGAAGAUAAUGUUUGGAACAGCUAAUGAAUACUGAACUUAAGGUUUUACUUGGAGAAAAAAACAACAAUUGGACUCUCAAACAAGCUUGUGGAUGUUGGAUUGUUCAGUUAACAGUUAAUAAAUGUUGAACUUAAAGUUGUACUGGUGAGGAAUUAAUGACUUGACUUGGUAAACAAUUAGUUCAUUAAUGGUUUGGUUUUCAGCCAACAGUUAAGAAGUUUUGAACUUAAAGAUGUACUGGUGAGCAAUUAAUGACUUGACUUGGUAACCAAGUUCAUUAAUGGUAAUGGUAACAAAGCAAUGUUGAUCUGGCUGUACUGGUGAGACUUAAAGACUGUUGGCCUGGUAAACAAAUUUAUGGAUGUGUAACUGGUAAACAUUUAUAAAUCCUGAACUUUCAUGAGCAUUGAAAUGACUAUUGUAUGUACAGUGAAUAGUUAUUCACUAUUUAAUUUGUGAAUCCAGGUAAAAAUAACCACUGAACAGCUGAACAGUUGAAGAAAGAUUUCGAUGAAAGAGUAGCAGUUAAAUAAAACACAGUUACAGUAGUAAUUGUUGAGCUAUUUUUAGUAUAGUUUAAUGCCCAUUUACAACUGUAUUUGUUAAAUGCUUCUAAUGAUGUUGUCAAGCCAAGGCUAGUAAAAUAUUAACUAAGGGGUGCAGAAGAGGCAGUCACACUGACAUUUAUCUUGAACAAGUGAAAAUACAGUAUGUACUGUAUGUCUAUCCAAUUUUGCAGCUGGGAUCUAUAAACUAGCAUGGCCAGAUUGCUUUGAUGAUUUUAUUACCAUAAUGUAGGUGGUAUAAAAUAUUUCGGGAGAAAUCAUGAUUUUUGCCUCCAGUGGGCUCAGAUGCAAUUGAAAAUUUGUCUGUCCGUCUAUUUAGAGCUCUCAAGAAGCAACAUUGUGUGCUACUGUACAGUUUAUUUAUUUGCAUAAAAUAAUACAAAUAAUAAAAUAAGGCCAAAAAAAAAGAUUGUUUACCCUUUUUUUUUAAAUGAUAAAGAGGGGCAGGUGGGAAAAGUUUUUUUUAAAUUUAUU